GACUGUAACCGAAAUAUAUCACAUUCAACGUUGGAUUAUAUCAUUAGAGAGUUCACCAACUUGUUCAGAAUCAACAAACAUUUAUAAUUGUGGAUUUACUUUACUGGACCUAAUCCUAACACGCGACGUCUGAUCAAUUUAAUUACUAUUCUCUCUCUGGAAUAUAAACUUAGUGUCCGAUUUCAUUGCCCUGCAUAGAUUCAUUCCGUUUGUAACUGCUUUAUGGUUUGGUUUCACCUACCGUUAUUUCGAAGUUUCAAUUACGUUAAUCGGAAAUUACUGUCUACGCGUGCUAAAUUGAGUCCAUUAGCCGAUGCUUUUAAUUACCAUAGUUUAAAAACAAAGGAUGAACAUUUAAAAAAAACGACAGGUAUCUUUUGCAUAAUAUCAAUAUUUUUAAUCAUAUAGGACUUUUUGGCCAUCCGGUUUUGACGUCCCCUCAUAGUUUUCAAAGUCUGGUUGAGUCUACUAUCGGAGAGUGUCAUGUGUUGUGUGAUGAAGCUAUUUCUCAGACAAGAGUUAGAAAAAUAGUCCAGAUAUUAGACGAUCUAUCUGAUACAUUGUGUCGAGUUGCUGAUUUAUCUGAUUGUAUACGAAUGCUUCAUCCAGAUGAAGCAUAUCGCUAUUCUGCACUGAAAGCAUGUCAGUCAAUUGGUCAACUUGUUGAAGAAUUGAAUACUAAUUCAAACUUAUAUAAUGCCUCUGUUCGUGCAAGCAGUUCAUCUCAAGUGGAUAAAUUAAUUCCGGAUACACAUAUGGAUAAUGUUGAUAAGCGUGUACUCGAUUUAUUUGUAGCUGAUUUUGAACUAUCUGGUGUACAACUACAGGAUCCCUGUCGACACGAACAAUUUGUGCGUGCAGCUUCAUUUGCCUUAAAUUGUGGUGCUAAAUUUAUUGAAGGUUGCCAUAGUACAAUAACUUAUCCAUCGAAGUAUUCAACAAAUAGUUAUUCAAAUUCAAUUGAACUUGUUCAUCCACUUAGUGAUCAUCCAGAUCCUUCUAUCCGUUUAUCCACCUAUUAUGCAUAUUAUGCACCAAUCGAAGGCCAAGAAAAGUGUCUAGAACAACUUUUGAGUGCACGACAUGAAAUGGCACAAGCAGCUGGCUUUGAAAAUUAUGCUAAACGUGCCACGCUCUAUAGUUUAGCUGAAACACCUGAGAAUGUAGACGAAUUCCUUCAGCAUGUUUGUAAAAAACUUCGUCCUAUUUCAACUGAAGUAGCCAGAAAACAGUUAUUACCAAUCAUAAAAAACUCUUAUCGAAAAACGAAGAUGCACAACUUGCAAACGGAUUGUAAUGCAAAUUUAAUUUGGCCUAGUGAUUUAGCCUUUGCACUUGGUGUUAAACGCCAAGCAUUAUGUAGUCAUCAUUUGACAGAUUAUUUUUCAUUGGGUGCAUGUAUGGAAGGUGUAAGUCAAUUGGCUAAUUGUCUAUUUGGAUUACGUCUAGAAGUUGUACCGGUACAACCUGGAGAAGUAUGGCAUCCAUCUGUUAUCAAAGUUCAUGUCUAUUCGAAUAAGAAUAAUUCAACAGAACCAAUUGGAAUAGUCUAUUGUGAUCUGCUUGAUCGUCCUGGUAAACCUGCCCAAGAUUGUCAUUACACUAUACGUGGUGGCCGAUGUCUAGAUAAUGGUUCUAGUAAUCGAUCAUAUCAAUCUCCAAUUAUAACACUUCAAUUGACGGUAUCUCCGCCUGAAUCGAAUUCUAAACCACCACUUCUUAGUAUAGGACAAGUUGAAAAUUUAUUUCAUGAAUGGGGACAUGCAUUACAUUCUAUGCUUGCACGCACACGAUAUCAACAUGUUACUGGGACACGGUGUAGUACUGAUUUAGCUGAAUUACCAUCAACUUUAUUUGAACACUUUGCAUUAGAUCCGCGUGUAGUGUCAGAAUAUGCUCGACAUUGGAAAACAGGUCAGAAACCAGAUCCUAAUGAAAUAAUUGCAUUACAACAGUUAUCCAUUGGUUUAGGACUUGGUCAAAGUUUAGAAGUUAGUCAACAGGCUACCUAUGCUAUUCUGGAUCAAGUUUUGCACUCAGGUCCUAUUGAAAAUACUUUACUGCCCUAUACAAAAUUAACUCAUGAAUCAAACGGAUUAUGGCCUGCAUCCUCUAAAUUAUUAUCAGAUAUUCAAUAUAAAGUUGGACUAUCUGAUUGGUCUAGUUGUUCACCAGCUCAUCUAGGCGCAUGGCCUCAUCGUUUUACUCAUUUAGUCAAUUACGGUGGACGCUAUUAUGCUUAUUUGAUGGCAAAAGCUGGAGCUAAUCUUGUUUGGAGGCGUUAUUUUUCCAAAGAUCCUUGGUGUUCCUCAAGUGGACAACUUUAUAUGGAAAAAUUAUUAUGUCAUGGUGGCGAGUAUCCUCCAGCUAUUCUACUUUCGGACCUUUUGAAUUGUGAUGAUGAGAUCAACAGUCACAAUGUAUUAUUAUCUCCUAAAAAAUUAGCUGAAGGUUUAACUGAUCAGUUGGAAGAAAUGGAAAUGGCUUCAACUUCUUUACUGAACCGUAUUGAAUCACCGAGUUUAUUCAGACCAGAAUCGUACCAUUAA